UCUCAUUGCUCUCCCUGCUGCUCUGCUCGUCUGCUCGUCUGCUCGCCGCCCGGAGCUUCACGCCGCCGCCGGAUAUCCUAGUCGACGCGCCUCCGGUCCGGCUUGUUUUCCCCCCCCUAAUUUCGGCGAGUGUGGAGCAAGCCUGCCAUGCUGGGGAACUCCUUACCGGGCAGAUAACCGGUGGAAAACGGGCGGAAAGAGUCGCUCUAGUGGCAUGAGACGCAGCGGCUCGCUCCUAUCUGCCUUCACAAAGGAGCGGCGCUUUCCUCGGGGGCCAUGACGAGCCACGGCCGCGGCGAGGACGACCCGCUGGGGGGGGACAGCUCCACGGAGCCCGGCCUCGACCCCGACCCCGGGCCGAGGGAGAAGUUCCUGCCCGCGGAGGACCGCCUGGACUCGGCGUACGGCUCCUCGUCCCUCACGGUGGACAGCCUGUCGGAGAUCGUGGAGGUCUGCAGUCUGGGCUCCGGGGGGGAAGAGCCGGAGACCAGCCCUGACCUGUCCGAGCAGGAGAACCUGCUCACGGCCAUCACUGAGGAUGGAGACACGAUCCUGCAUCUAGCAAUCAUCCAUGAAGACGAAGACUUUGCUCAGGAAUUAAUACAGAUAUUCCCAAAAGAAGUACUGGACAUCCAAAACAAUUUGUAUCAGAGUCCUCUUCACUUGGCCACCUACCUGAACCUGGCAGAUGUAGUGAAGGGCUUGCUGGAGAAAGGGGCCAACUUGGGACUGCAAGACCAUGAUGGGAACACGCCGCUCCAUGUGGCCUGCCAGAACGGGCAGAUAAAUUGCACCUCUGAAUUGAUCAGAGACGUUUCUCCUAGCAAGCUAGCGCCGGUCAUCGAGUCCCAGAACUGGAGAGGUCUUGCUUGUCUUCACUUGGCUGCACUGAACAGGCAACAUCAAAUUAUGAAGCUCCUUGUGAAAAAGGGUGCAGACCUGAACAUCCAGGAGGGAACCAGCGGGAAAACGGCUCUCCACCUCGCCGUUGAGCUACAUGACAUCACGUCGGUGAGGCUGCUGCUCAGCAAGGGAGCAAACGUUGAUGCUGCCAUGUUCAAUGGCUGCACGCCGCUCCAUCUGGCAGUGGGGAGGCAGGACGCCAACAUCGCCCACCUCCUCUGCCAGUCUGGCGCCGACACGAUGCUGCGAAACAUGGAGGACGAAACGGCGCUGGAUCUGGCUGAUGGCAACGAGGAUAUUCUGGCUCUUUUUCCUUUUGAUGACAUCCAGAUCUCCGGGAGGUCGGUGGUCGGCAUGAAGUUCUGAGGUUAAUCGCAGGCUGAGGAGUCUUUCAACUUCCUGGAGUCUCACUGCAGCAAGGAACUUUUGAUUUACGUAAAUUAUAUUUGAGCUGAAAUAGUUGUCAAAUUGUGCCUUUAUGUGUAGUUGACUCUAAUAUAUAGAGAAAUCUGCAACCAUUUGAAACCUUAUUUCCCUUUGGCAACAAAAGAACAGUGAUUCUUCUUCAUCGAGCACAGAAUUACAAAUAUAUAUAUAUAUAUAUAUAUAUAUAUAUAUAUAUAUAUAUA